UAUGUUAAAACUUCUAUGUAUGCCUUUGCAGCCAUUGCAACUGUUGUGACUGUUGCGGAAAUUCUGAAAAACAAUGGACUGGCUUUAGAAAAGAAGAUAAUGACUUCUACUGUUGAUAUCAAGGAUGAUUCUCGAGGGAGACCAGUUCAAAAAGCUAAGAUUGAGAUUGUGCUGGGGAAAACUGAAAACUUCGAUGAACUGAUGGCUGCUGCUGCAGAGGAAAGAGAAAACGAAGAUGGUGAAGAGCAGAGUUGAAAAGGUUUUUUUUUUUUCUUUUUUGUUCUUAUCCUCCUUGUGGAUGACUCUUGUUCUUUCCUUAUAUCUGGUCUCUCUGUUGUUAAUUACGUUAGUAAACAAGUGGUUCAUUUACUGAUGUAGGUUUUUUAGUUGGGGAAUCAUUGACUUGCCCAUUUUUAGGUACCAUGGGAUAUCUUUGUUUAAGAGAGUGGAAACAUAAUCUGAUUCUUCAGUUUUGGUAAAUAUGCAUUCGAUAGA